UUCGGGUUAGCUGGUAGUGAGCGAGAGAACGAGGGAAGGCGGGCGGGGCCGCCGUCUCUCCACGCCCUUUUCAUUUCCACUCAAGGAGACCCACCUGGGAAGAGUGAGCGCUGCAAGACCCAACCUUACCACGCUAAGGUUACUACGCAGCGCCGGAGCCCGCUGUCUGCCCGGCAACCGAUGACGUCCUGUUGGCGCGUCCGUGACGUCAGAGGCGGGCGCCACACUUGAAGAGGCUGAGGGAGGCGGUGGCGCAGCUGUGGCGCUGUCAUGGAGCUAGCGCGGGAAGCGCGGGAACUGAGUUGCUGGGCGGCCGAAGAGAUGGGGGUGCCCGUGGCAGCCCGAGCCCGGGAAUCGACGCUGCGCAGGCUGUGUCUGGGCCAGGGGGCUGACAUCUGGGCCUACAUCUUGCAGCAUGUGCACAGUCAGAGGACUGUCAAGAAGAUCCGAGGAAACCUACUCUGGUAUGGCCACCAGGACAGUCCACAGGUCCGUCGGAAGUUAGAGCUGGAAGCUACCGUGACCCGCCUGCGGGCAGAAAUCCAGGAGCUCGACCAGAGCCUGGAGCUGAUGGAGCGAGACACUGAGGCUCAGGACACAGCCAUGGAGCAGGCACUUCAGCACACUCAAGACACCCAGCGUCGAGCUCUCCUCCUCCGGGCCCAAGCUGGGGCCAUGCGAAGACAGCAGCAUAGGCUCCGAGAUCCCAUGCAGCGGCUGCAGAAUCAACUGAGGCGCCUGCAGGACAUGGAGAGGAAAGCCAAAGUAGAUGUGACCUUUGGAUCCCUCACAUCAGCAGCUCUGGGCCUGGAGCCUGUGGUCCUGCGUGAUGUUCGAACAGCCUGCACCCUCCGGGCCCAGUUCCUGCAGAACCUCCUGCUUCCCCAGGCCAAGAGAGGCAGCCUCCUAACCCCUCAUGAAGACCACUUUGGCACUUCCUACCAGCAGUGGCUGAGCUCUGCGGAGAUGCUGCUGACAAACCACCCUCCGGGCCACAUCCUGGCUGCCUUGGAGCACCUGGCUGCAGAGCGGGAGGCAGAGAUUCGGUCCCUGUGCAGUGGGGAUGGGCUUGGCGAUACAGAGAUAUCCAGACCCCAGGCCCCGGACCAGUCAGACUCCAGCCAGACCCUGCCGUCCAUGGUUCAUCUCAUCCAGGAGGGCUGGCGGACUGUGGGUGUGCUGGUCUCCCAGCGGAGUGCCCUUCUGAAGGAGCGGCAAGUCCUGACCCAGCGCCUCCAGGGCCUGAUGGAAGAGAUGGAGAGACGCGUCCUGGGAUCCAGUGAGAGGCAAGUGCUGAUACUGGGGCUUCGGGGCUGUGGCCUGUGGGCGGAGCUCAAGACCCUGCGCGCUCAGAGCCAGGAGCUGGAGGAUGCAGCCGGGCAUCGGCAGCUCCUGCUGAGGGAGCUACAGGCCAAACAGCAGCGGAUCCUGCACUGGCGUCAGCUGGUGGAGGAGACCCAGGAACAGAUCCGCCUGCUCAUCAAGGGAAACUCAGCCAGCAAGACCCGCCUGUGCCGGAGCCCAGGGGAGGUGGUAUCUCUGGUCCAGCGAAAGGUGGUCCCUACAUCUGAGGCAGUGGCACCGCAGAGCCGGGAGCUGCUGCGCUGUCUGGAGGAGGAAGUCCGGCAUUUGCCUCACAUUCUGUUGGGCACCCUGCUGCGGCACAGCCCUGGAGAGUUGAAGCCCCUGCCCACAGUCCUCCCAUCCAUCCACCAGCUGCACCCCGCAUCCCCAAGGGGCUCCAGCUUCAUAGCACUGAGCCACAAGCUGGGGCUGCCCCCAGGGAAGGCCUCGGAGCUGCUCCUGCCGGCAGCUGCCUCUCUUCGCCAGGACCUUCUGUUCCUGCAGGACCAGCAGAGCCUCUGGUGCUGGGAUCUGCUCCACAUGAAGACCAGCCUGCCGCCGGGCCCUCCCACCCAGGAGCUGCUGCAGAUCCAGGCAUCCCAGGAAAAACAGCAGAAAGAGAACCUGGGGCAGGCUCUGAAGAGGCUGGAGAAGCUGCUGAAACAGGCGCUGGAGCGAAUCCCUGAGCUGCAGGGGAUCGUGGGGGACUGGUGGGAGCAGCCAGGCCAGGCCGCCCUCUCUGAGGAGCUCUGCCAGGGCCUGUCCCUGCCCCAGUGGCGGCUGCGCUGGGUUCAGGCCCAGGGGGCCCUGCAGAAGCUGUGCAGCUGAAGAGAGUGUUCAAACAGAAGCCGAGAACUUGACACUGUUCACCCCAACACCUCACCUCCCCCAGGACAUUUGGAAGAAAGCGGCGCCAGGAUUCCUCGGCCGUCAUCCCCACCCACACCUGCAGUCCCCUCACGUGCUGUUCUGUUGCCCCGCUCAGCUCCCUGGCCCCUGUCCUUUCAUCACUUUUAUUCUCAGCAAAAAGUAAUUGAGCACCUCCUCUAGGCGCUGGGGAGUCCACACUGAACAAAAAGCCAGAAGACCCUGUCUUCCAGCAGUUGAGUUCUAGGGCAGGGAGACGGAGUUUACAAGAUAAGGAAAAUAUACAUGUAGGCCGGGCGCGGUGGCUCAAGCCUGUAAUCCCGGCACUUGGGAGGCCGAGACGGGUGGAUCACGAGGUCAGGAGAUCGAGACCAUCCUGGCUAACACGGUGAAACCCCGUCUCUACUAAAAAAAAAAAAAUACAAAAAACUAGCCGGGCGAUGUGGCGGACGCCUGUAGUCCCAGCUACUCAGGAGGCUGAGGCAGGAGAAUGGCAUGAACCCGGGAGGCGGAGCUUGCAGUGAGCUGAGAUCCGGCCACUGCACUCCAGCCUGGGCGACAGAGCGAGACUCCGUCUCAAAAAAAAAAACAAAAAAAAGGAAAAUAUACAUGUAGUAUGCUGCAGGUUAACUGCUGGGUGGGAAAUCCAGCAGGGGGUGGGAGGUGUGAUUUGAAUUGAGUGCCACACUGCCCAGAUCACACUCCAUCAAGGGGUGAGCAGGAGCAACGGGGUGGCUGAGGAAGAGCUUGCAGCUCAAGGCAACAGCACAUGCAAAGACCCUGAGCCAGGAUGUGCUGGAAUAAGGGCCAUAGAGGUGGACAGUAUAGGUUGGGGAUAAGGAAUGUAUUAAAAGAUGAGAAUGCCUUCUAGUUUGUAUAGUUUCUUUUUUUACAUGUAAAUCAGCCAUUUGGAAUUUAUCCUAGCACAUGGAUCCAAUUUUGUCUUAUUUUACAUAUAUCCUAGUAGCACUUACUGAAAUUCCUAGUCAGAGUGGCAGUUGCCUCUGAGGGAAGGUGGGCGGCUGGGAUCAACUGAGGAGGAGACACAGAAAUGUCCUAGCUGAUGGGAAUGUGCUGUGUUGAGAGCAGCGGAGGUGAUGCAGGUAUAGAGAUUUGUCAGAGCUCAUCUAGCUGUAGUCUUAAGGCCUGUGCAUUUCACUGCAUGGGUUACUCCAUUUAUAAAGCAAAGCCUUAUGCUUUUGAUAUGCCACCUUUUUAUGCGCUAAAUGUCCAUGUUUAAUUGGAUUAUAUCUGGCUUCUUUCCAGAACUGCUUUGUAUUUAACCCUCCAUGUGCCAUUCCCACAGUAGCUUAAUAGAAAGGCUUGUGAUACAUUGUCAUAUCUGUUUUUGUUUUCUUUUGUUUUUGUUUUUGUUUUUGAGAUGGAGUCUCACUCUCUUGCCCAAGUUGGAGUGCAGUGGUGUCAUCUCAGCUCACUGCAACCUCCGCCUCCCAGGUUCAAGCCAUUCUCAUGCCUCGGCCUCCCCAGUAGCUAGAAUUACAGGCACGCACCACCAUGCCCAGCUCACUUUCAUACUUUUAGUACGGACGGGGUUUCAUCAUGUUGGCCAGACUGGUCUUGAACUCCUGACCUCUAGUGAUCCGCCAGCCUCAGCCUCCCAAAGUGCUAGGAUUACAGGCGUGAGUCACCACACCCAACCACAUGGUCAUAUCUGAAACGGCUGGAUGCUCUUAGGUGCUCUUUUUCUUUUUCUUUCUUUCUUUUUUUUUUUUGAGACAGAAUCUGGCUCUGUUGCCCAGGCUGAAGUGCAGUGGCACGAACUCAGCUCACUGCACCCUCUGCCUCCUGGAUUCAAGCAAUUCUCAUGUCUCAGCCUCCUGAAUAGCUGGAAUUACAGGCACCUGCCACCAUGUCUGGCUAAUAUUUGUAUUUUUUGUAGAGUCGGACCUUUACCAUGUUGGCCAGGCUGCUCUCCAACUCCUGGCCUCAAGUGAUUCUGCCGCCUCUGCCUCCCAAAUCUUUGCCUACUGGGAUUACGGUUUCCCCUAUCUCGGUAAUUUUUUUUCCCCAAAUUAAGUGAACAUUAGAUUUAAUUUGCCUGACCCCAGAAGAAAAACAGGCACAGAUGGUAGUUUUACUGGUGUUGCAGUAAGUUUUCAAAUUUGGAAGUUUGGCAGCUUUAUGAUCUUAAACCUUGCUGUCCAUCUCUCACACAACUCCUCUGUUGGCCUCCAGAGCCCCUUCACUCUCCCAGCUUUCCUCCUGCCCCUGGUUGCUAUUUCCCAGCCUUUCCAUGUUGGCUUUCCCAUGCACAGUCCUUAGUGUUCCUGCUCCUCCUCUCUCUCCUCAUCACAGUUCCCAGCCCCCACCUUCAACUGAACUCAACAAAAUCUUCAACUUCAUACGGUAGUCACAUUGUUAGUAAUAACACUGGCAUUUUUAUUUUGAUAAAAUAGACCGUUUAAAUUUU